AUGCGCUUCUCCCGCAAACUCGACGUAAUCGGCGUCCAUGCCGAAGGCGAAGUCGGCGACGUCGUCGUCAGCGGCGUCCUCGACGUCCCAGGCGAAACAAUGUACGACAAAAUGAUACAUAUGUGGUCCACCAACGACCACAUCCGGCAACUCCUCCUCAAUGAACCCCGCGGCCGCUCCUCAAUAUGCACGAACCUCGUCCUCCCGCCUUGCAACCCCAAGGCAGACGCGGGGUUCUUGAUCAUGGAGGCAGAGGAGUGGGUACCCAUGUCAGGAUCAAACACGAUUUGUACCGUCACUGCGCUGCUGGAGACGGGGAUGCUGAAGAUGGACGAGCCUGAGACGAAGGUAGUGUUGGACACAGCAGCCGGCCUCGUCACCGUAACCGCCUCCUGCGAAAGCGGGAAGUGCAAGAGCGUAGAGUUUGAAAACGCGCCGUCGUUCGUAUUUGGACUCGACAUCCCCAUUACCGUACCCGACCUCGGCACGCUGAAAGUUGACAUCGCCUACGGCGGGAUGAUGUUUGCGUUCGUCGAUGUUUCGGCCGUAGGGCUCAGAUUGGAAGAUCAUUAUGAAAAUGGAACGAAGCUUGUUGAAUUGGGGGAGAGGGUUAAGAAAGCUGUGAGGGAGCAGUUCACGCCGGUGCAUCCGGAGAACGCGGCUAUCCGGGGGGUGACGAAUGUUGUUUUUACCAUGCCAUUGACGACAGACCCACUUCGCGAUUGCAAAGUCACAAAGAAUGCUACGGUGGUGAUGCCCGGCCGGCUCGAUCGCAGCCCUUGCGGAACUGGGACGUGUGCACGUAUGGCGGUUCUCUAUGCGCGAGGACUUCUCAGUGUUGGCGAGAGUUGGAUUAACAAGAGUAUGAUUGAUACGGAAUUCACUGGACGGAUUGUGACAACGACACAGGUCGGCGAAUACGACGCCAUCAUUCCUGCAGUUAAGGGGAGAGGUUGGAUUACCAGCUUCAAACAGGUAGUUCUUGAUCCCCAGGAUCCGUUCCCCGAGGGUUUCCGAGUUGGUGAUGCAUGGCUGCCUCCGAAUCUUGGGGUCAAGGAGGGAGUCUUCAAAGCCUACAAAGAGGCCAGGGAAGGCUAA